UCCAAUAGUUUGCUUUGUACCACGGAGGGAGUGUGAGUUAUGCGAGUUUGUGCAGCUAAAGCGAUUUCACGUACGCGUCUUGCGGAAAAGUGCAACGAGGUCCGACGUGAUGCGUGCCUCAUAUCCGUACGGGAGAUGCGUAUUAUUUUGCGUUUGUUUAUCGACACGACAAGAUUUUACCAUUGCUGAGAAGUGAAUUUCUCGCGCGCGUUCGCAUAUUCGUGCAAGUGAGAGAACACAGUGAAUUCUUGCGGACGAUAGGACCAACCGGCCCGUUAAAAGUUCUGCUGAUUUUUGGCCGUGAAAAAAUAACGUAUUGAGAAGGAGAGAAGAGGCUGGUGAAGCGCGAGAUUGCAGAAAUUACGAGAGAGGGAGGAGAAUCUAAGUGUAGAAGAAGAGAGAGAGACAGUGAGAAAGGUCGAUUAUACGCCGUCGAGAGACUCGACUGCGAGGGAAGAAAUUGGUGAUACCGAGGGUGUGCAAGCCGAAAGUGCCUCCUUCGGCGGUGGCGCUCCGCGGAGCAAGUAAUCGGACGCGGUGCGGACGUAGCCCGACGCUCAGAGGAACGCAUUAUGUAUUUACGUAGAAUAUUGCGUAACGUGCGAGGAACCGGCUAGUGUGUUUGGAAACGCGCGGCACCAACAAACCUGCUCACUCCUGGCGAACGACUGACUGUGCGGCGCAGCCCGGAGACACGGAGACGUGGAGACGGAUCGGGACGGGGCGACGGUGUUGCGGGUCGACCGUACCGGUGCAAGUUUUCGCGUGUGCAUACGCAGCAAAAACUCCCAACUCGGCCAUCGACGCGAUCGAAAAUUUCGGACGGGGUUAAAGCAGAGUGUCGACGACGCCAGUGUACUGCUCGCGGCAAUAAUCAAACAACCUAUCUCGACGCUACCGUCAACGUUUAUAUAUUCCUCGUUGCACUUUUACUAUAAGACUACGUGGGAGACAGGAACGUACACGUCUUCUCAGAUGGAAAUUGUAUGUCUGAUGUGAUUUGCGAUGAAACGUGUUCGCGGACUGGAUGACGUAGCAUCACCACCAGCAAAGCACUCGUCAGUGAGUGCGGGAAGUGGCAUAGGUGGUGGAGGAGGAGGUAGUUUAGAAUAUCACACAAGCAGUGGGAUAGGCGUCGUUGUACCCGGCCAAGCAGUUCGAUCUGUUACAUCAAAAGAAAUGCCAGGAAGCAUACAAUUUGGUACUGCUCAAACUCAACAGCAGUACACCGGUGCGAUUGUUGUGCCAACUGCGGCACCGUCUCCUAUUAAACAAGCAAACAACUCUACGGCAGGACUAAGUUCCACAUGUGGCGGUAGCAGCAUAAAUACUAGCGGAGGCUUACACAGCGGAAUAGGUGGUGGCAGUAGUCACACUAUGGCCUCUCAACAACCUACAUCGGGAUCACAAAAUCAAGCCCACACUCAACAACAAUCGACAAUAAGGCAUAAGGUACACUCUGGUAAUGUAACGCCUAUGGCUUCUACUCCGCCUGGUGGUCCUAAUCUGGGAGGAGGAAGUGGGUCUCAACAGUUUCAGAGAUUAAAAGUGGAAGAUGCAUUGUCUUAUCUGGAUCAAGUCAAGUAUAAAUUCAGUGAUCAACCGCAGGUGUACAAUGAUUUCUUAGAUAUCAUGAAGGAAUUUAAAUCUCAAAGUAUAGAUACUCCAGGGGUAAUAACCCGAGUGAGUCAUCUAUUUAAAGGACACCCCGAACUCAUUGUUGGCUUCAACACAUUUCUCCCACCAGGUUAUAAGAUAGAGGUACAAGCGAACGAACAGGGAUAUGCCUUUCAAGUGUCAGUCAGUAUGCCGAGUCCGACAGCAACACAUACUGCCACGUUAUCGCAGCAUCAUUGCACAGUAAAUGUUGGUUCGCCUCCGGUGGCUAGUCCACCCACGCAGCCUGCAAAAGCACCCCCAGUUUUACAAAUAAUGCAAGGGUCGGGAAAUAUACACCAUACCAUAGCAAACAGUAUUACGACGAAUAGUUUGACUGUUCAUGCGCCUUCACCACCACCAGUACCGGUGUAUAAUAAUUCACAUAUUAGUACCGCCCAGGCGCAAGCUGUCAGUCAAGCUUUAAGUCAAGCAGAUGGUAUAUCAACUGGUGGACAAACGCAGCAAAGUCAGCCGGUUGAAUUCAAUCAUGCGAUAAACUACGUUAAUAAGAUCAAGAAUCGGUUCCAAGGUCAGCCGGACAAAUACAAACGGUUUUUGGAGAUAUUACAUACGUAUCAAAAAGAGCAGCGAAAUUUAAAGGAAUCCGGCCAUAUAGGAGGUACAAAUUCUGGUGCUACAGGAGGAACAAAACACUUAACAGAAGCAGAAGUUUAUAGCCAAGUUGCUAAGUUAUUUGAAAAUCAAGAAGACUUGCUCGCUGAAUUUGGACAAUUUUUGCCAGAUGCUACAAAUCAGCAAAGUUCGUUGUCUGUCAUGUUUCAGACUAAUAAGACGACAUCGGUUAACGAUCAUACGGCAAUUGUUAAGAAACCGAUUGGACUUAAAACACCUUACAACAAUUCCGGAACUAUUCCGAGAGAUCUUCGAGAGUCCAGCGGUACAACCGGGUUGGAACGCGAUAGUCGGGAUCACAGAGAACGAGAACGAGAUAGAUCGAGCAUAAGAGAUAUAAACAGCGGUCAGAAAUUUGGACAUAGUACAGGGCAAUUAAAGAGGAGUCCGUCAUUCUCGACUUCGACGACAGCAGGGAAUUCUCAUCACAUACAACAUGGACCACCGCCUUUAAAAAAGCACAAAGUGGCUUCGAUGCGUGACGUUACCGUUACGGAAGCUGGAAAAUAUGGCACCUUGAACGACUAUGCUUUCUUCGACAAGGUUCGAAAGACGCUUAGAUCGCAAGAGGUUUACGAAAAUUUUCUUCGAUGUCUCGUACUUUUUAAUCAAGAGAUAGUAUCGAAAUCUGAACUUGUUCAAUUGGUGACACCAUUCCUCGGUCGUUUUCCCGAACUACUACGCUGGUUCAAAGAUUUCCUCGGCUACUUACCUGAUUCGUCCACUAUUACAACGACAAACGCAGCAAACGUGAUGGGUGUGGAGAAUUUCCCGAAUAAUAUCGUGCGGAGUCAUCAAGAACGGCCGCAAGGUGACUUGGCGAUGGAAAUUGAUUAUACAGCGUGCAAAAGAUUAGGAGCGUCGUAUUGCGCAUUGCCGAAAUCAUACAUUCAACCAAAAUGUAGCGGCAGAACGCAAUUGUGUAAGGAAGUUCUUAACGAUACCUGGGUUUCGUUUCCAACUUGGUCAGAAGACAGUACAUUUGUAACGUCAAGGAAAACUCAAUACGAAGAAUUUAUAUAUCGAUGCGAGGAUGAACGUUUCGAAUUAGACGUUGUCAUAGAAACCAAUGCGUCAACGAUUAGAGUGCUUGAAGGAGUUCAUAAAAAAAUAAAUAGAAUGAGCCAAGAAGAAGCACAAAAGUUUAAGCUUGACGAUUGUUUGGGUGGUUGUUCUUCCACAAUUCAUCAACGAGCGUUAAAGAGGAUAUAUGGUGAUAAAGCUGUUGAUAUUAUAGAAGGUCUCAAGAAAAAUCCUGUAGUAGCUGUGCCUGUUGUGCUCCGUCGAUUGAAAGCCAAGGAGGAAGAAUGGCGGGAGGCACAAAAGGGAUUCAAUAAAAUCUGGCGAGAACAGAAUGAGAAAUAUUACUUGAAAUCCUUAGAUCAUCAGGGAAUUAACUUCAAACAAAACGAUGUAAAAGCAUUGAGAUCUAAAAGUUUAUUCAAUGAGAUUGAAACUUUGUACGACGAGAGGCACGAACAAGGUGACGAUGGUAACGGUGAUGGCCAGGGAAACAACGGGCCGCACCUCAUUUUGCCAUACAAGGACAAAUCUGUACUAGACGAUGCUGCUAAUCUUCUAAUCCAUCAUGUUAAGCGGCAGACCGCUAUUCACAAAGAAGACAAACAACGAAUAAAACUUUUAUUGAAGCAUUUCAUACCUGAUCUCUUUUUCCAUCCACGACAAGAACUUAGCGAUGACGAGAGAGACGAGGACGAUGAAAAAGAAGAUAUAAACGUGGCAGCAUGUAAUAAUUCUCAAUCUGUGACGACUACUUCAUCGUUGAGUGGUUUGCAAGCUAAUAGAAGUAAAACUCCCGCGUCGCCAAAUACGUCUUUAACUCCCAACAAAAGUGAAACUGAUAUCAAAGUACCCAUUCAUGCUCUUUCGAACGAUCCCGAUGAGGCGUACACGCUUUUCAUGGGUAGUAAUAAUUGGUACCUCUUUUUGAGGUUACACCACAUACUUUGUGAAAGAUUAACUAAAAUGUACGACAGAGCAGUCACCCUCGCAGAAGAGGAGUCGAAAUAUAAACAGCAACGAAAAGAAAGUACAGCGGUCGCUCUGAGAUUAAAACCAAAAAGUGAAAUUGAAAUUGAGGACUAUUAUCCUGCUUUCUUGGACAUGGUUAAAAAUGUCCUUGAUGGUAAUAUGGAAAGUACAGCGUACGAGGAUACGUUACGAGAGAUGUUCGGUAUACAUGCCUAUAUAGCCUUUACUCUCGAUAAAGUCGUAACUUAUGCUGUGAGACAAUUGCAGCACUUGGUCUCAGAUCCUAUAUGUCAACAAUGUAUGGAAUUAUUCCAAAGAGAGCAACGUCAAUCUAAAGAAAGCAGCGGAGGCGGUGGAUUGUGUGCUACAGCGUAUAUGAGACUAGGAGCUGAAUUGUCAUAUCAACGCAAAGCUGAAAAGGCAAUGGCGGAUGAAAAUUGUUUCAAGAUAUACAUAUACAAGAAAGACUGUAAAAUGACAAUGGAGUUGUUAGAUACGGAGGGUGACGAAACGAUGGAUAGCGGCUGUAGAGAGAGAGAAAGAGAAGGCGUCACAGUCUCUGAGAAGUGGUCGACGUACGUUGAGAGAUUCUCUGCACCUGCAACUGGUCAAACUAGUCCAAAAGACACUCCUGCCUUAACAGAGAAUGAGCCGACGACCAAUCAUCCUGUGAGUAGCGAGGCAGCAAGGGGGGGGAGGGGCAGAAAACGCAAGAACACUGACAUUAGCAAGAAGAUUGACGGAAACGCUUGGAGUUCUUUAGGCAGGACUUCAGCUGGACGUAAGCCUGUUUUUCUCUACCGUAAUAUUAAAUCAUAUCAAAAGCACGCUGCGAAAUUAAUGAGAGGGAAAGCAUCUUUACUUGACACCAACCAUUCGGAGAAAGUCCCAGAAUCGGCCGAUACUCCGGACAUUAUUAAUUCUGAUGAAACGCAAUGUAGAUUUAAUCCUAAUAGUUAUACCAUGUUUUUUAUUGUUCAUAAGGACAGAUUUCUUUACAAACAGAACUCCAUUAGUCGUGCUAAAAAGUGCCAUCCAGCCAUAACAAAGCGUAUGGAUUCCAAGUUUCAUCAUUGGCAUGCAUCGUGGGUGUCUAAGAAUGGUACAGACAUUCAACAUCGAUUGUGUCAAGAUUGGCUAAUGGGACGAUAUGAGAAUUUAAUUCCUCAUAGGACACGAGUAAUAACGGAUAAUGAUCAAACACGUUCUCCCUAUCGACAAUAUAAUCGUUUUCGAGUAGAACGCUUACAAUCUGAUCCAUUGACAGAAGGAUCAUGCGUCUAAUGUUAUUCCGUAGAAUUUUUUGUGUUCUUUAAAAUUUCCCAAUGUUGAUAUGCUCGCUGUAAUUAGUCUUUGCACUCAGUGAAAGUUUUUCUUUGGCAAUAAGCGUUUUAGAUUAAGAUUUGAAAGUAAAAUUCUUGAAAUAUGAGUUUAGUUUCGUGCCAAUUAUCAUAGACAUUUGAUUCAUAGCAUUCUCGGUGUAUAUAUAUAUAUAUAUAUAUAUAAUAAAGUAAAGUUUUAGACUAACUACUGAUGUGAAAAAUAGUGAGGAAUGUAAUUGGUCAAUGACCGUCCAUAUAUUAUAUAUACUAUCUUAUUAUAUAUUUUAAUACAGUUUUAUUCUCCACGCUGUACAGAUAUGGUUUAUAAGGUGAUAUAUAUGUUAUGCAAUUUGAUACUAUUAGCACUAAAUUCACUGUAUUAAACAAAUUUUACUAAUCUUUACAUGAUAUUUAAUGUAUUCAAAAUAAUAUUUUUUUAAUUUUUAUUGCGUUCUAUGUUUGUUUUACGAUAUCAAUAUAGAUAUAUUGUCCAAGGAAAUUAAUGUAUUUUACAAUUAUGUAUUCAAAUAUUUGCAUCUCGAUAUUACUUUCGAUAUAUUUAAUCACACAUGCACGCCCUAUGCAACACACACACACAUACACACACAAAUACAAACAAAACAAAGGAGAGAGGUCUAUAUCUCUAUUUAGAUAGAGAUGUGUAUUUUUCAUUCUAGGCAGCAGCCGAAGAUGUCACAUUUUUACGAGAAAAUAAAAGGUACAUUUAUAAACAUGUAAAUAUAAAUAUAUUAACAAGAAGAUAUAUAUGCUAAUGUACACGCACAAUACAUGUGUACAUAUACAUUUAUAAAUAUGUACAAAGAAAACAUUAGAGCUCA